ACACUCAAUUCACUAAAUUAAGUGUUGUUCAGGUGGAGGUCUCUUUGUGCGUGUGUGAUAUUGCACGAGUUGAAUGCUAUGUUGUCCAUUUCCUUGAAGUACGGCGAAGCGAACUGAAAAUAACAAAAAUGGAGGGAUUUACUCGGGAAGAUAUUGAAGAACAAGUUCGAACUAUUCAACAAAAAAAGAAUACAUUGUUUCAAGAUAAUGGAGAACGUGUUGGUCUUGGUGCUGAAGGCCAUUUUGACACGGAUAUCUAUGGAUCUUCUUCAAGUAAAUUUGAAGGUUAUGUUACAUCCAUUGCUCCAAAUGAAGAUCAAGAUGACGAGGAAGAGGAGCCAUCUUAUUCUAAGAAAUCAUCAUUCACCGCACCAUUGAAUUUAUUGAAUGACACAUUAAAUGACAAGAAUUACGAUCCUCUUGCUGAUAACCGGCCAGCCCGAAUUGCUGACAGAGAAGAUGACUAUCGAGCUAUUCGUAGGCAGAUGAUUAUUUCCCCUGAAAGAUAUGAUCCUUUUGCUGAAGGCGGCAAAACUCCUGAUCCAAAACUGAACAAACGAACUUUCUCUGAUGUGAUGGUUGAACAACGACUCACACACCAACAGGCUGCUUUACGGCAACAACUGGUAGAGAAGGCCAAAUCAGGAGAGUUGCAUGCAGUCAAUGGUUCGUCAGGAGAUUCUUCAAGUACAUCAGCAUCUGUAGCAGCAGCGGCGGCGGCGGCAGCAGCUGCUGUGGCUCAGAAACAACCGGUGAAGAGACGGCGAUGGGAUCAAGCAACAGAUGACAGCACACCAGCAAAGAAGACAUCAAGUUCCAGUUGGGAUGCUGCAGAAGCUACAGCAAAUACCCCUUCCAGCACUCGCUGGGACGAAACCCCAGGUCGUAGUAAGGGUGGAGAAACACCCAGUGCCACACCUGGUGCGAGUACUCGAGCUUGGGAAGCGACUCCUGGUCAUGCCACACCUGGUGCUGCUACACCUGGGAGGGACACUCCCGGACACCAGGCGACACCAAGUGCUCGCAGAAAUAGAUGGGAUGAGACACCAAAGACAGAAAGGGAAACUCCUGGCCAUGGCAGUGGCUGGGCUGAAACCCCAAGGACUGACCGAGGUGGGGAUCUUAUUCAAGAUACACCUACACCUGGAGCUAGCAAACGUCGAUCGAGAUGGGAUGAAACUCCAGCAGCUGCAACUCCUGGAGGAAUGACUCCAGGUAGUAUGACACCAAAUAUGACUCCAGGUGGUACCACACCAGGUGGCAUGACACCUACAAAUAUGACACCAAGUGGAAUGACUCCGAGUGGGAUGACACCUGGAAAUAUGACCCCUGGAGGCAUGACUCCGGGUGGUACCACACCUACAGGCCAGAAAGCCAUGGCCAUGGCUACACCUACACCUGGCCAUCUCAUGUCUAUGACACCUGAACAACUACAGGCUUAUACUUGGCAGAGAGAGUUGGAUGAGAGGAACAGACCUCUGUCAGAUGAAGAACUUGAUUCCAUGUUUCCUACAGGCUAUAAGAUCCUCCAACCACCUGCUGGCUAUGUACCAAUUCGAACUCCAGCUCGUAAACUAACUGCCACUCCCACACCAAUGGCAGGAACCCCAAUGGGAUUCCGAAUGCAAACACCAGACAGCAAGGUUUCAAUUGUUGACAUGCAACCUAAAGGUAAUUUACCAAUGAUGAAACCAGAUGACAUGCAGUAUUUUGACAAACUCUUGGUUGAUGUGGACGAAGAAACACUCACUCCUAAAGAACAGAAAGAAAGAAAAAUUAUGAAAUUGUUAUUGAAAAUUAAGAAUGGUACACCUCCUAUGAGAAAGGCUGCUCUUAGACAAAUCACUGAUAAAGCUCGAGAUUUUGGUGCUGGUCCAUUGUUCAACCAAAUCCUACCUUUGCUAAUGUCACCCACACUUGAAGAUCAAGAACGACAUUUACUCGUGAAAGUUAUUGAUCGUAUCCUCUACAAACUGGAUGAUUUGGUGCGACCUUAUGUGCACAAAAUUCUUGUUGUUAUUGAACCGUUAUUGAUUGAUGAAGACUACUAUGCCAGAGUUGAAGGCAGAGAAAUUAUAUCUAAUUUGGCAAAAGCGGCAGGUCUGGCCACCAUGAUUUCUACAAUGAGACCAGAUAUUGACAAUAUGGACGAGUAUGUACGUAACACCACAGCCAGAGCAUUUGCAGUUGUCGCAUCUGCUCUUGGGAUCCCUUCCCUUCUGCCUUUCCUAAAGGCUGUUUGUAAAAGCAAAAAAUCUUGGCAGGCAAGACAUACUGGGAUCAAAAUCGUCCAACAAAUUGCUAUUCUUAUGGGCUGUGCUAUUCUUCCUCAUUUGAAAAGUUUAGUGGAAAUUAUUGAACAUGGUCUGAUUGAUGAGCAGCAGAAAGUGCGAACCAUCACAGCUUUAGCGUUGGCAGCUUUAGCUGAAGCUGCUACACCUUAUGGUAUUGAGUCCUUUGAUAGUGUGCUCAAACCCUUAUGGAAGGGUAUCAGACAACACAGAGGAAAGGGUCUAGCUGCCUUUUUGAAAGCCAUUGGUUAUCUUAUUCCAUUGAUGGAUGCUGAAUACGCCAACUACUACACCAGAGAAGUGAUGUUAAUCCUCAUUCGAGAAUUUCAGUCUCCAGAUGAAGAAAUGAAAAAGAUUGUGUUAAAGGUAGUGAAGCAGUGUUGUGCUACGGAUGGUGUGGAACCCCAAUACAUCAAAGAGGAAAUUUUGCCACCAUUUUUUAAGCACUUCUGGAACCAGAGAAUGGCUUUAGACCGAAGGAAUUAUCGCCAGUUGGUCGACACAACAGUGGAAAUUGCUAACAAAGUUGGAGCUGCCGAAAUUAUAGUACGUAUUGUGGAUGAUCUGAAAGAUGAAGCUGAACAAUACAGAAAGAUGGUUAUGGAGACAAUAGAGAAGGUUAUGGGUAACCUCGGUGCUGCUGAUAUAGAUUCAAGAUUAGAAGAACAACUUAUUGAUGGUAUAUUAUAUGCCUUCCAGGAACAGACAACAGAGGAUGUUGUCAUGUUGAAUGGCUUUGGAACUGUUGUGAAUGCCCUUGGGAAAAGAGUAAAACCAUAUUUGCCCCAGAUUUGUGGUACUAUAUUAUGGCGUCUUAACAAUAAAUCUGCCAAGGUCAGACAGCAAGCAGCAGAUUUGAUAUCAAGAAUUGCAGUUGUUAUGAAAACUUGUCAAGAGGAGAAAUUGAUGGGCCACUUGGGUGUUGUAUUAUAUGAGUACUUGGGAGAAGAAUACCCUGAAGUGUUAGGAAGCAUCCUGGGGGCACUGAAAGGUAUUGUCAAUGUUAUAGGAAUGACCAAGAUGACACCUCCUAUCAAAGAUCUCCUCCCUAGACUAACACCAAUUCUAAAGAACAGACAAGAGAAAGUACAAGAAAACUGCAUAGAUUUAGUUGGACGAAUUGCUGAUCGUGGAGCAGAAUUUGUAUCGGCAAGAGAAUGGAUGAGGAUCUGUUUUGAACUCCUUGAACUGUUAAAAGCUCACAAAAAGGCAAUUCGCCGAGCCACAGUGAAUACAUUUGGGUAUAUUGCAAAGGCUAUUGGCCCUCAUGAUGUCUUAGCAACACUUUUAAACAACCUGAAAGUCCAAGAACGACAGAAUCGUGUGUGUACCACUGUAGCUAUUGCCAUUGUAGCUGAAACCUGCUCCCCUUUCACUGUCCUCCCUGCACUGAUGAAUGAAUACAGAGUUCCUGAGCUGAAUGUCCAAAUUGGUGUGCUUAAGUCAUUAUCCUUCAUGUUCCAGUACAUUGGUGAAAUGGCAAAAGAUUACAUAUAUGCAGUCACUUCAUUACUUGAAGAUGCUUUAAUGGACAGAGAUCUUGUUCAUCGUCAAACAGCAAUGGCUGCUAUCCAACAUUUGUCUCUUGGGGUGUAUGGUUUUGGCUGUGAAGAUGCUCUGAAUCAUUUAAUGAACUAUGUCUGGCCAAAUAUUUUUGAAACAUCACCACAUGUUGUACAAGCAUUUAUGGGAGCCAUCGAAGGACUUCGAGUUGGUUUGGGGUCGGCAAGAAUUCUCCAGUAUGCUCUACAGGGGCUCUUCCAUCCUGCACGGAAAGUGCGAGAUGUCUACUGGAAAGUGUACAACACUGUAUAUAUUGGUGCCCAAGACGGCAUGAUUCCAGCCUAUCCUCGUAUACCAAAUGAUGUGAAAAACCAAUACAUUCGCUAUGAACUUGAUUAUAUGUUAUGAUUUCUUGUGAUUGAAUCCUACUCAAGAACCUCCGGUUUUAGAUUCUGUCAACUGGACAUGGCACACACACAGCGAGAGAGAGGUCGAGCCCGCAUGGUCGGGAGGUGCCGGUGUAAAUAAACUACUGUGAAGAUCCUGACUCUUUCAUUGAGAGAGAAUCUUUUCAAGCUUACUUCUGUGCACAGAUCAGAAGCUUUUGGCAUUGGAAGAACUUCAAAAUAGAAAUAAAACAACAAUAUUCAGAAAACACAUUCUUUCUCUUUCUCCGUCUCUCACACACGCACAUUUACAUAUUCCCACAAUCUCCUCAACGUGUUACAUGAUAGGACAUCUACUUGGUUAAGUCUCAAGUUUCUGAACUAAAGGCUGUUUAGUUUCACUGAAAUUGCAUUGAAAAAAGGUUUUUAAAAAAAAGAAAUGUCUACAUAACUAGAAAUACAUUUGUUUGACUGUUUCCAAGGUGGACAUAGUUCCCUCAGUAUAGUUUCUGCUUAGCUGCCUGUCCAACAUUCAUAAAAACAUCGGUAUUUACCAGAACCUGCACAAGCACCACCAGAAUCAGUUCCAUCCUGAAAGGCAGCAAGAUCAAGACACAUCCUAUCUCACAUCUCACGCAAUUUCUUUCCACUCUCUUUUCUUUUUAUUCAGCUUUUUUUUUUCUUGGCAAAGUGACUUAAAAAAA